AUGCAGGUUGCCUUGCUCUUUUUCUUUUCUGUUUUCUGGGGAUUCUACCCUCUCUACAAUGCUGUUUUCACAUUCCCUCAAGAGAGGAGAAUGCUGAUCAAGGAACGUUCAUCAGGAAUGUAUCGCCUUUCUUCCUACUUUCUUGCCAGAACAAUAGGAGACUUGCCACUGGAGCUUGCACUUCCAACUGCAUUUGUUUUCAUAAUCUAUUGGAUGGGAGGGCUUAAACCUGAUCCUGUGACUUUUAUCCUUUCUCUUCUUGUGGUUCUUUACAGUGUUGUUGUCUCUCAAAGCCUUGGUUUAGCAUUUGGUGCUAUUUUGAUGGAGAUUAAACAGGCAACUACUCUAGCUUCUGUGACAACCCUUGUGUUUCUCAUUGCUGGAGGGUACUACAUACAGCAGAUUCCUCCAUUCAUUGUGUGGCUCAAGUACUUGAGCUAUAGCUACUACUGUUACAAGCUGCUUUUAGGUGUCCAGUACAAUGAAAAUGACUACUAUGAAUGUUCAAAGGGGGAGCUGUGCAAAGUGGCAGAUUUUCCUCCUAUCAAAUCAAUGGGCUUGAAUCAUUUGUGGGUUGAUGUGUGCAUUAUGGCCCUGAUGUUGGUGGGUUAUCGACUAGUUGCUUAUUUUGCACUGCAUAGAGUUAGGUAG